AUGGGUACGGUGUUAAUGCAGAGGGCACACGUGAUAGCAUAUGCAUCAAGGAAGUUGAGGCCUCGGGAGACGAGGUAUCCCACCCACGAUUUGGAGUUGGGGGCGGUGGUCUUCGCCCUCAAUAUUUGGCACCACUACCUUUAUGGUAUCUGGUAUACCAUAUACACGGACCAUAAGAGCCUGAAGUACCUUAUGGAUCAGCCCAACCUGAAUAUGAGACAGAGGAGGUGGUUGGAUGUAGUGAAAGACUACGACUGUGAGAUUUUGUAUCACCCUGGCAAGGAUAAUGUGGUAGCUGAUGCCCUGAGUCGCAGAGCAGUGAGUGCUCCGAUACGAGACGUGUGCAUGAGGAUGAUGGUAAUGACUCCAGUCUUAGAUACCAUCUGA